AUGGCAGGAACACUGAUGGAGCAUUGGUAUCAAUGCACAAAUUGGCGCAGAGGGUCGUAUCACGUCGUUAAUCUGAGCGACGCGCUGCGACUGCUGACCGUGUACAAAUUCGGUGGCUAUUAUUUCGAUCUCGACGUCAUUUUUGUGCGCCCCGUCACGUCUUAUCGCAAUUUCGUGGCCGCCGUCGACCGCGAAAUUGUCAACAACAACGUGAUCCAUGCGGACGCAAAACAUCCGUUCAUCGAACUGGCCAUCGACGACUUUGUCACCAACUUCAGGCCAGACUUGUGGGGUUACAACGGACCUGAUUUGAUUUUCCGCGUCUUGAAAAAGUGGUGCCACUCCGAGGACCGUAAGUCGCUGGAAUACGUCAGCUGCCCUGGUUUUAAUGUUCUUCCGGCACCGUCGUUUCAUCCGGUUCACCACUUCGAGAUGCAGAAAUUAUUCGAUGAGCCAUUGACCAACGAAACGGAGGAAAAGCCCAUCAGCUGGCUGACGGAGGACGUGGUGGGUGUUCACCUUUGGAACAGGAUGAACAAAGACGACCCCAUCUACAAGAAGGCGAAACAUCCUUACAAACGGCUGGUUCGAGAUCACUGUCCUCUUGUAUUUUCUAUUGCCCCCGAAAUCUUUUAA